AUGGACCCAAUCGAAGAUGGAGAUGACGAUGCUUCACACCUUGGAGAUAUUAUGGAUGACUUCUACGCGCUCAUGUACGAGACGGCUGUGCUGGUAGGACCAACGGGAACAAGUCCUUUGAAGACGAAAGAUUCAAGUAAGAAAAAGAGUGGAUGUGACUCCCCGCCACGCGCAUCUUCGCCAAUACACGAUGCAUACAAGAAACCAAGUAGCGGGGGUCCUUCUGUUAGUGUUUCGGCCUCAACAUUCCUUUCGAGAGAAAUAAUGGACGCACUUCUGCCGCCAAAAACGUGGCAGGAUUCGCAGGGCAAAUGGCAACGCAUGGUGAGUAUGCUACCUGCCACACGGACGGAGACCCAGCGACUCCACGAGACUUUCGACCAUCUAUUAGAGAAAUACCAGGCACGAGUCCACACGAUCUGUGCCGUUCGGGAGAAAUACUUCUUGCAAAUUUUCGCAUCGCGUACGGAAGACAGAAAGCUGUUCAAGCAGAGGCUGGUGUCACGGAGCUGGAACAGGAAAUUUGCCGAUUGA